AACCACCAGAACUGAGCCUUUACUUCAGUCAAUCCUCUCUAACUUGAGCCAUCAAGACACAAACAAUAGUGAAUUAAUAACUCAGGAAUAUUAUAGAAAUGUCUGAUGAGGAAGUGAUCAGGCGAAGACUGUUGAUAGAUGGUGAUGGCACUGGAGACGAUCGUAGGAUAAAUAUCUUGCUGAAGUCUUUUGUGAAGUGGGUGAAUAAUCCAGAAGUGGAUAAUGUUCUUUAUGAGAGAAUUAUUUCACAAUUGGCACAGUGUGAAUUCGCCCAGAAGAAGACGAGACUUGUCUCAGCGAUGAGUCAGGAAGAGCUGAAGAAGUACGAGAAACUUUCCAAGGACAUCGAAGUGGAGAUCGAGGAGGCGAAGAAGGGAAUUGAUGCCACGAAAAUCGUUCUCCAGGAGGCCAAGCAGAUCAGGAAGAAUAGAAUUGAAUACGAUGUACUGGCUAAAGUCAUUAGUGAACAGCCUGACAGGAUGGAAACCAAUAAAAAAUUGGAGACACUCAGGGAAGAGCUGGGGAAUUUGAAGGAAAAAUCGGAGCACCUAGAGCACAAGUUGGAAAUGAGAAGAAAACAAUUCCACGUAUUAAUUUCUUCAAUUCACUCGCUGCAAAGUAUGUUGGAUGAGUCUGACGAGGAAAUAAUGGAUGUGAGUCUCGAAAAUUAUGAGGAUUCUGAGCACUACGUCACAGCCUAAUCCAAUGAAAGACUGCAAAAAUUAUACGACUAACCUCGCUGGUAUCCAGACGUCUCGUGAAUUCCAAAAAAGUGUGGGAUCCACAGCUGAUCGUCGUGACAAUGGGGUGAAACAGAGGACCAUCCGAGUGUCCCUGGAACAGCCAGGAGUAAUCAAUAAAUUAAUUUCAAAAAACAGAACUGGAUAAUUCAUGAAUCAUGUAAUUAAAUUAGUUUGUAAUAUUGAAAUGAAAAAUUUUGUACGAUAAA